AUGAAUCAGCAAUAUUACCUUACCGAUGUGCAACUUUGGGCCGCCAAACUAGCAUCAGAACGCAUCACCGUGAUGGUUCAAGAGUUUGAGUCGCCCAUACUAUGUAUCUGUCUGUGGCUCUCGGUGUCAACGGACGAGCAGCAGGCGCUACUCGGGCCAUUCUCAACCAAUCCCGCGAUCUCGAUCGGGGAGUUCGUCGCCAACGUUGACUACAGCUCUUUGACCGAGAUGACUUGGCGGCAACUAUCUGCACCGGCAAACACGCAUCCGGUUCUACCUGCCGCACAGGAAACAAGAUCCAAUCCCUCAGCACGUGAAGCGUCUCUCAAGGUCUGGGAUGUGUUCAUCUCUGUACGGAGCAAGCUUCAGUGGUUUUUCGUGCUUCGUGAAAUCCAUGCACCCGACUCGGCAAGUCAUGCAUUCAUGGACCAGGUUCUCAAGAAACACGAUGAAGAAGUUGUGCCUGUUUGA